AUGGAAUCGCGACGACUAAAGCGUACCUUGAGUUCUUUAACGACACAGAUCAAUGGCCUGCGUGAAAAUUCGUUUUCUCCUGGUGCGAAUACUACCACUACGGGGAAAAAGAGACGACAAAAUCCGAAUAUUGCAUCAAACGAUGUGGAUAUGAUUGAAGAAGGAAUGGUCGAAUUGAAGGACUGGUGCCAAAAAUACGAGCCUGACGACACUGCAAGCCUUGUGCUCCAUCAACGGAAACUGCAGGAUGUGCGAAAGGUUUUGGAACCCAUGAUUAAUGGCAAUAGCAUGUGUCGAAUUCUGCUCUUAACAGGACCUGCCGGGACUUCCAAGAGCAGUUGUAUCAAGACCCUGGCUAGAGAACUCAUACAAGACCCUGCCGAUAAACGUUCUGGGUCACAUUUCACCCUUGGAACUCGUCAAGAACAUCAAAGCUACAUCGAGUAUGACGGAAGCAAUGUUGCAUCGGGCGUGUCUAAAGUGGAUCAUUUCGACCAAUUUCUAGCUGAGGCCAAAUAUAGAGUGGGACCCAACGUCGCUUUAGUGCUUAUUGAAGAUCUACCAAACCUCUUUCAUGAGAGCACUAGGAUACAGUUCCAGCAAGCAUUGCUGAGAUGGCUUUGUAGCCCACAACCCCGCCUGCCGCCUUUAAUCAUAAGUUUGACAGAAUGCGAGAUCCAUUGUCCCAAGGAUGUAUCUUACAGCUUUGGCAUUGAUACACAAUUUAUAGCUGAAACAGUGCUAGGAUCUGAAGUUCUCAAUCAUCAGCGUCUGCGACGCAUCAAGUUCAACCCUAUCAACAAGACUUUACUCAAGAAACAUUUAAAAGCCAUAUGUGAUAACGAGAGAAAGGCCUUCAAGCCAGGCAGGUGGGAGCAGAAGGAUGAGUUUAUUUCAAGUAUUGCUGAAAAUUGCGGGGAUUUGCGAUCGGCAAUAUCUGCAUUGCAACUGUGGGCGACCACAUCAGGACCCGCCUCUACUUUUAGCAGCACCAGGGAACAAUCUAUUUCCUAUUUUCAAGGACUGGGUAGAGUACUUCACGGUUCCAAGGAUGUACCAAAUGACAACCGCAUGAUCAAGGAACUGAUGCUCUCACAAAGUGCUGGCACGGGAGAGUUGCUGAAAAUGGGAAUCCUAGAAAACUAUGCGACUUUUUGCAAAGGUCAGUUUUCGCUCACUCAUGCCGCUAGUAUUCUAGAGUCACUAAGCUUGGGUGAUAUAAUGACCGUGGAGAGCAUGUCAACAAACACACUCACGGAAGCGGUUGAGUUUCCGUUGCGCGCAGUGAGACAUACGUUUGCAUCUUUGGGCAAAGGAACUUCUUCUUCGCAUCACAAGCCUAAUUUCCCAAGAGAGUCGAAGGUCCGUAAGUUGCGCAACAAAUUUGUAACCGAAGCAGGAUACUACGCCUCUCUUAGUAUUCGAAAAUACAGAAACUGGCCGAGGAUGGGUAACAUUGCAUUAUACUUCAGCUACUACGCGCCUCUCAUAAGAAAACAGCUGAAUUACAAGAGAAAGUAUUUGCAGCACUAUCUGGAUAGCCUUGGGUCGGAUAGUGAGCGCAAGAAAGCCAUGUCUGGCGCUUCGGAUCUGUUUAUCAUCAACGAGCAGGAGGAUGUUUUGAAUCGCAUUGGUGGGGAAUUAAGCUCCAUCAGUGCUUCCUCGGAUGUCGUGCCCGAGGAAAAUGACGGGAUCUUCGAGAUACGACCGCCUUUGGUAGUGACACACAAUGCCAACGACCCACAGGCCAUUAAAGACGACCACCAGAUGUUCACCGAUGAGGAGAACGACACAAAUGAUGAGGAAGUCUUGGACCCAAUUGAUGAAAGCGCGAGCGAAGCUGACAGUUUUAGUUUCAGUGAUGAAGACGAUCCGAUCUACGAUAUGCUGGCGUCACAGUCGCCUCGCAAAACCAACCCGCCGCAAUGA